AUGUAUUGUAUAACUAAAUCUGAAGAUCCACCGCACUGUCCCAUUUGUUUGGAAGAGCCAUUGGCAGGAAGGAUUACCCGCUGCGGUCAUAUUUAUUGCUACCCUUGCAUACUUCAUUAUUUGGCUUUGUCUGAUAAGCCAUGGAGAAAGUGUCCCAUUUGUUACGAAGCCAUUCAUCUUAAAGAUUUGAAAAGUGUGUGCUGGGCCCCGAUUGCAACAUUUGGUUUAAACAGCACUAUAACAUUGCAACUGAUGAGGAGACCGAGAAAUUGUAACCAAGCUUGGCCUGUUGAUUCCACUAUGCAAAAUAAUUUGGUUCUGCCCAACAUCAGUGAUGGACCGAUUGCUUCUAAAUAUUGCAAGUUGUUACAAGCUAACUUGCAACAGAUUUUGGAUAUGAUCAAUGUCAAUCUGGCAGAUCUAAAUCGAGCCUACAAGGUAGAGGAAUUCACUCCUGAAGCAUGUUUCAUCCAGCAAGCAAUUGAUCUCCUUAACCAAUACCAGGCUGAUAAGUUAAACAGCGCUACAAAAAUCAAAACUAAAUCCAAUGACUUCAAACAACAAUCCUUGGACGAUUCUAAAACUCAAACUGCUGAUGAACAAAAUUUGACAGCCGAUAGUUUCAAACAACUCUCAUUAGAUGAUCAAAAAUUGACAAAAUGUGCUCCUGAAGAGCUUUCAUUAAAUGAAAAUGUAACUGGGAAAGAGGCUGGAGAAGUAAAACAUUUGGAAAAUGUUUUUGGUGCUGAUAAUUUGGAUGAAAUUCAAAAUUCUAUACUCGAUCAAAUCGAGCAAGGUGUUGAUUGUGUGGGAGAGGAUGUGGCGAGUGGAAUUGAAGUUUUGGAUGGGACCAGGAUUGGAGAAAGUGGAUCUGGAGAUAAAGAUUUCUAUUUUUAUCAAGCUCUGGAUGGGCAGCAUAUUUAUUUAGCCGGUCUGUGUGCCAGAAUUUUAGAAUAUUCCUAUGGCUCAUUGGCAAAUUGUCCAAAAACUAUAACUACAUCUGUGGAGGCACGUGAAGUUUUAACUGUUACUGAAGAGUUACGUAAAAGAUUGAGAUAUUUGGAGCACCUUCCAAUAACUUGCCAGAUAGAAUUGGUCGAGCUCAAACUACGACCACCUAUUGUCAGUCCUGAAUCGCUUGAAUACUUCCACAAUCAGUUAGAAACCAGGCGCAGGCUAAGACUCCGCAAAUGUCGUGAAGAGAACAGAAGGGACAUGCAGAUAACCAUAGAGCAGGAACGGAAGCAGAGAGGUUUGCCCAUUGCUGGUUCUUCUCAAACAAACCGAGAAAUAAAUUGGGAAAGCGAUUUUCCAACUUAUGGAAGCCCUCAGUCUGUUGGAAAUGAAUCUGAUUCAUUGGACCAUCAGGCAUCUGGAGUGGAUAAUUUGGGGACGUCGCCUGGACCAUCAUUUGCCACGAUGUUAACAAUGGCACGAUCCCCGAGUCAGGGUACUGAUUUUAUUCGACAAAAUAAAUGGGCAGCUUUACCAUCUCAGCAACAAACUGAUUCAAUAAACGUGGAACAGGAUCCUGAUUAUGAUCCUAACUAUGUACCAGCUCCAAGCUACACUCAGAGUUUCAGGGAUGCCAUCAGCCAGGCUAUGGAGAAGAGCUGCCAAUCGAAUGCAGGUGCUACGAAAGAGAAUGCUUCCAAGAAGAGCAAGAAAAAGAAGAAACAGAUUUUAUUUGCCACAGGCAUGAACUUUCAAGUGUAGAUCCCGAAAUGUUAUAUAGUUCUAGUAGAAUUAUGUAUCGUUGAAAACAU